AUGCUUGCAACCUUUUCAUUCACUUCACCAGAUCUGGAGAUCGCUGGUUUCUUUUGUUUGAAAGACUUCGGCGCUUGCCAAAAAUACUGUGAUACACGUAAGGAGAUUUUCUUUAUGUGUAACUACAUCACGAUCUAUUCACAUCGAAUCGCUUUCUGAGUGCUCUCUGUUCAGCGCAGUUCUGUCGUCUCUACUGUAACCCUUUGUGUUGCACAUCCAAGCUCCUUCGAGAAUUAAGAUGCACAAGGUUUGUCCCGAACGCAUACCGUAUGAACUCCACCGAAUUCGAAAUAUUACCGCAGCCAUGGAAGACUGCCGAUGGAGAAUCGAUCGGAGUCUAUGCCGAAGAUUUAAUUGUAUUCAAAGGCGGAGCUUCCAACGCCGAAAUGGAGUUGGGAAAGACGCGGUUUGCCUUGAACCUUGCUAGAUGAAAGCCUAGAUGAACGAACGGUGAAUAUAGAAAUAACAUUUAAGUAGGUUGCUGAAAGCAGGAAGCAUAGUAAAACACCUCUGCGAAAGACGCUCUUCCAGCGAUAAAGGCGCAAGAGCGCUGUUAUCAUUUUCAGUAACAAAGUUGGACUUCGUCGCCGAUCGUUCAACGAAUCUUUUGUCAAUGACCUUUACAUCGCCGGAAUAAUACCCGAGCCAAUUCUAUCGAUCGGUUACAGUCAUCACCCGGCUAACCGCGCUGUUACAUUUGGCAGGCAUGUAAGAGAGCAUUGCGGCGAAUAUAACAAGAUCGACCUGACGAAUCGUUUGGAAUUUAUGUUUGAUGGAAUAGACGUUGUUUUCAUGAGCUACACGGAAUCACAAAACUUCCGGGUAAGCUAUUGAAGUAGGAGUUAAAAAAAAGACCUUCCGCUCCAAGUUCUAACUCCGGCAACCGUUUCAGAUUGGACUUUCUGAAUCUGAUACCUUCCACGCACCACAUUAUGCAUUAACGCGUCUUCUGCACAGCAAAAUUAUCUCUUUCAAAAAAGAGUCGGGAUAUGUCUACUUCGUCAACACAAAACAGUUGCAAAAUUUCACGUGGACGUUGUCUGAUGGUUUUCGUAUUGAUCUGCAAGAUUAUAAUGUUAUUCGAGAGUACCAUGUGGCUCGUAUAAUUUAUAUUCUGCCAAUCAGCCCAAACCCUGACAACAUGCAAUGGAUUCUCAGUUCGGCGGUGUUCUUUGAGUAUUGCAUAUAG